CCUGUCUCUCCGGGAUUUGAAUUUCUUUUUUUGUCCUCUUCUUUCCUUUUUUUUUGUCUGCUACCCGCAUGAGCCCGCGUAAACGUAAACAGUCAACUCGAUAUAAGUUAAGUGUUAUCUCUUCAAAGUGUCCUCCUUCUUCCUCUGGCACUACACGGUGAUAUACAACCACAGCACACAACACACGACCAUAACAACAACAACAACAGCUACUGCAACAGCGCGUACGAUGACAGCAGACACAGACUCACUCGAAAACAUCGUUCCGUCCUUCCGUUUGGACGGUCGUAUUGCUGUUCUCACAGGAGGUGCUGGAGGGUUAUCCCUGACGGUAUCGAAGGCGCUUGUCGCCCAGGGCGCCCAGGUUGCGCUCGUUGAUUUGAACUUGGAGACCUGUAAGGCCGCAGCGGACGAGCUGGUGCAAUGGGGUAAGACUCACGGGUUUGAACCAGUAGUUUCAGCUUGGAGCUGCGACGUUGGUAACGCCCAGAACGUACAGGACGUUGUGAAACAGAUUAAACAUCACCAUGGGUCCCCAGCUGACCUGUUGAUCCACACCGCCGGCUACUGUCAAAACUUCCCAGCCUUGGAAUACCCGGAUCAAAAGGCGCAGGACUUGGUCAACGUGAACCUCUUGGGCUCGUAUUACAUCUCAAAGUACAUUGCAAAGGAGUUGGUUGAAAGCGGCAAAGUUGGCUCGUUGAUCCUCAUCGGCUCCAUGUCCGGGGUUAUCGUCAACGACCCGCAGCCGCAAGUUGCUUACAACAUGUCCAAAGCCGGUGUGAUCCAUUUGGUGAAAUCGUUGGCCUGUGAAUGGGCAAAGUACGGGAUCAGAGUGAACUGCUUAUCCCCUGGCUACAUCCUGACCCCACUGACAAAGCAUGUCAUUGGCAGCAACACUGAGCUGAAGAACACCUGGGAAUCCAAGGUGCCAAUGCACAGAAUGGCGGAGCCAAAGGAGUUCGUGGGCUCCCUUCUCUAUUUGGCCUCAUCGACGGCUUCUUCCUACACAACUGGUGAAAACUUGGUGGUUGACGGUGGUUACCAAUGCUGGUGA